UUUGCCAGUGCUUUGAUGGAAAGGGUUUCAGGGAGCCUGCCAGUGAGAGCAGCAAAUCGAAGAGUUGACAGGUGUAUGAGGGCUCCACAAAGACAAGGCAAAGUAGUGGUAACUAGAAAUAUAGCUAAAGCAGAAAGUUCCAACACCUUUUCACAUCGAGGGAUUUGAGGGAACCCUUCAACAGCUGACAUGAGGCUGGUCACUGGUGGGGUUCGAGUCCGGAGGGCUGCCGAGCCGUCCAAACCAGAGUCGGAGGAAGGGACAGAGCCAGCUCAUCCAGAACAUGAUGAACACUCACAUACAGAACAUCACCCAGGCCAUGACUACAACAAAAUGAAGGAGAAGUUCAUGAAUGAAAUCACUCAUCUGCAUAUUCCCAUGUGGGCAAUAGGAGCAAUUGUGGUGGUGGUUCUGGUUUUGGUGGCAUGCAUGAUCUUCUGUCUUUUCAAAAAAUGCUGUGGGAAAAAGAAAAAGCCAAAGAAAGUGAGGGAGAAGAAGGAAGGUAGAGGUCGCAGAAAGGCAAAGGAAGGUGAUGGAGAAGGUGGAGACAAGGAGGGAGAUGAGAAAAAGGAAGGGGAGGAGGAAGAGAAAGAACAGGAGAAUGUGGGUAAGCUGGAGUUCUCUUUGGACUACAACUUCACAGAUAAUCAGCUGAUAGUGGGCAUACUUCAAGCUCAGGACCUUGCUGCUAUGGACAUGGGAGGAACUUCAGACCCCUAUGUCAAAGUCUUUCUGUUGCCUGACAAAAAGAAGAAGUAUGAGACCAAGGUUCAACGCAAAAACCUUUGCCCUGUUUUCAACGAGACUUUCAUCUUUAAGAUUCCAUAUGCAGAGUUGGGUGGAAAGAUUUUGGUGCUGCAGGUUUUUGACUUUGAUCGUUUCUCCAAGCAUGAUAUGAUUGGAGAAAUAAAGAUUCCCAUGAAUAGUAUUGAUUUGGGCCAGCCAAUGCAACAAUGGAAGGACCUGGAGAGUGGUGAAAAAGAGGAACAAGAAAAACUGGGUGAUAUUUGCAUUUCCCUACGUUAUGUACCCACUGCUGGAAAAUUAACAGUAAACAUUAUGGAGGCAAAGAAUUUGAAGAAAAUGGAUGUAGGAGGCUUAUCAGACCCAUUUGUGAAGAUAGUUCUGCAACAAAAUGGGAAGCGGAUUAAAAAGAAGAAGACGACAGUCAAGAAAAAUACCCUUAAUCCCUACUUUAAUGAGAGUUUCAGCUUUGAAGUCCCUUUUGCGCAAAUACAGAAAGUACAGGUUGUCAUAACAGUUUAUGACUAUGAUAAACUUGGGAGCAAUGACGCCAUCGGAAAGACCUUCAUGGGCUAUGGAGCUACAGGAGUCGGCUUGCGUCACUGGUCAGACAUGCUAGCCAAUCCCAGACGUCCAGUAGCCCAGUGGCACACUCUCCUGCCUGAAGAAGAAGUCGAAGCAUUACUCAAAGCAAAACCUCGUUAGAUUUACACCUUGAUGGAAUCUCAAACAUUGCUGAGAUGUUAUUUGGUGUUAAACCUGACGUUUCACCAAUUUGAAUGUUCUACAUCCAAUUCUGUUUCCUAAGAGACACAUAUUGGUGAGAGAAUAAAUGACAACCCAAUGUGAAGUGUCUUAGUAAUGUCAUAGGCCAUCACAGACAGUCUGAACAGAUUUGUUGUUUUUUGUACCCCAUGGAUGGGAAAACUGUCACCCUGGAAGACAUCACUCCCACCAGGACAGAAAUAUUGCAUCAUGGGACAAAGUUCAUAUGUGGAUCCAAACCAUUCCAGCAGGGGCGUCAAUUGGGUAUGGCAAGGUAUGGCAGCCGCCACACCUUGGCUUCAAGGGAAAAUGUAAAUGUUUGUUUUUUUAAUACAUUUAUGGAAUUACUCUGUGUCUAUUUGUAUUGAUUAUUCUAUUACUUAAUACAUAUAGAAUAACUACAAAUGCAAAUCAGAACAACAUGAUCGAUUUCACUAGUUAUUAUACACUGCAAAAAACUCAAAAUCUUAACAAGAAUAUUUAUUUCUAGUUAAAAUGUCUAAUUUUUAGUCAAAAAAAAUCUCAUUACAUUUAAGACAAAACAUUUUC